AACUAUAGAUCAGGAAGGAUGAGUUUGAAGAUGGUAAGAAAGGCCAUGUCUUGGUUUUAGAUUGCGCAGUUCGAUACACCAUCUCGGAGAUGGAAUCCCACGACACCAAAGAUAAUGAAGACGAUGAUGACUUCCUCGACACGCUCCACGAUUUCCCGUCGGAGAAUUGCUCCGUCAUCGAUCAACCUCAACUUUCCACUUCCCCUUCCUCUGAUUCUUCACCGCUGCCUGAAAUCUCCUCUGAAAAUGCCCCCUUCCCUGUCAAUUCAUUACGCCGUCGCUCCUCUGUUCGCCGCAGAAUUGCAGCCGAGAUUCCCUCUUCAGAUUCCUCUAUCAGUUCUCUAACGACUACAAUCGACGAUUCGGUGAAGACGAACCCCGAAAGGAAAAACCCAGAAAUUCACUGGGAUUUUAACGACGAUGGAAAGAAACUCGAGGGAUCCGAAUCUUUAUCCGUUCAAGUUAACUCGUCGGCAGGUUCGAGUAGCGUAAAUGAAGAGAAUACUGAGGUGUCGACGGUGACUACCGCGGAGAUUAACUCGGACGUCCAAUUGGGCAUUUCGGAGGUGGAAUCCAGCGAUUCCUCUUCAAGCAUACUUGUGUUGAUUGCAGGAUUGCUCAUCAAGGCAAUUGGGGUUCAACUUAGCUUCUUCGUCUACAGUAUCUGCUUUCCCUUGUGGUUCUUAUAUCUUUCUUACACGUUUGUUUUCCAUCCUUUUCAAACAAUUAAGCUCGGGAGAGCGUAUGUGAGAGGAAAGUUGUUUGGGGUUUGGGACCUUGUUACUGCAGUGGUUGGUCGUUUGGUAUCUGAACGGUUUAAGGAGCGCAAGUCUCUUUGGAAGGUUGGACUCCGUUGUGUGUGGGGUUUGUUAUGGUCGGCUUAUGUUUGUAUCAUUUUGUGUGGUCUUUUGAUUUCGGCCCUUAUAUUUAGUGCGUUUUUUAUGAGGUUCUUAGUUCAGGAGCCUAUGAAGAUGAAGGAAGUAUUAAAUUUUGACUACACCAAACACAGCCCUGAGGCUUUGAUGCCAAUCUUGCCUGACUCGAAUGAUCUUUAUGGACAUAAUUGUAAAGAUAAUGUCGUAACUGGGAAGACCCAGUAUCGGGUUAUUCCUCCUCAUCAUCAAUUGCAGGUCAUUGUCUCACUAACAUUGCCAGAGUCUGAAUAUAACCGAAAUCUUGGGGUCUUUCAGGUAAGAGUAGAUUUUCUUUCUGUCAGUGGUAACAUUCUUGCAAGCUCAAGCCAUCCAUGCAUGUUACAGUUUAAAAGUGAGCCCAUCCGCCUUUUACUGACCAUCCUGAAGCUAGCACCUCUUGUUACUGGCUAUAUAUCUGAGUCUCAGACUCUGAAUAUUAAGCUUAAAGGUUUCACCGAAGGAAACAUACCAACAGCCUGUCUGCGUGUUACAAUUGAACAGCGAGCAGAGUUCGAUCCUGGGGCUGGUAUACCUGAAAUAUACAAUGCAUCUGUAAUUCUUGAAUCCGAACUUCCCCUUUUUAAAAGGAUUAUAUGGUACUGGAGGAAGACUAUCUAUGUGUGGAUUAGUAUGACAUCAUUUAUGAUGCAGUUGCUUUUUAUACUCGUCUGUUGCAGACCAAUAAUCCUUCCUAGAAUGAGGAGAAGGAAUGGAUAUGGCUAAUGCAAGCUCCACGAGCAACGUCAUCUUGGCACAAGAUUAGAUCGAAACAAGGUCUCUUCAGACGUCUGAUCGAAAUGUUCAAUCAAUAAGAAUUUUGUUGCUGGUGUAUAAAACCAACACCACCAACAUUGUUGGUUGCUCUAAGACCAUAUGAUAAAUAUUUAGUAUGACCAAAUUCUUUAAUUAAUUAAUUAAUUAUUUUUGCGUUGGCUUGUC